GACCCUAGGCCAAUCAUCGUCAGGGCAGGGGCGGUUGUUCCUGGGGAGAAGCGGCUCGUAGAACAGCGAUCAUUAUUUACUUGUCAACCUUUUAAAAACGACAAAAAGUUCAGAUGCUGCUGCUCGAGGCCGCAACGUGAGGGGCUUUCUAUCGCCAGCUGGACAAUGACACGACCUGCGGCGGGCACCGCGGCUGCUGUGUGUGGUUCCAUCGCCAGCGAUGUGACCCAGAGUGAAAGUAGCCUGUGACUCCAUGGAGCGAAGGGAAGACGAGAUAAUGUCAUAAAGUAGAAUCACUUUGAACAGGGCAGAAUGUCCUCAAGCCACCGUCUAAGGGACAUGGAGCAACAGCGCCCCCUGCUGGACAGGGAGGAUGAGGAGGUGGUGGAGAGGAGUUUCCAAAGUGAGGUUAAGCAGGUCUGGUUCAUCCAGGACUGCUGCGGCAUGGUGUGUGCCUUCAUCACCUGGUUCCUGGUCUUCUUCGCUGACUUUGUGGUCACCUUCGUUAUGCUGCUUCCCUCCAGGAGCUUCUGGUACGCUGUGAUCAACGGGGUGGUCUUCAACAGCCUGGCCGUGCUGGCGUUGGCCUCCCACCUGCGCACCAUGCUGACUGACCCAGGAGCUGUUCCAAAAGGAAACGCCACCAAGAAAUACUUGGAGAGUCUGCAGCUAAAGCCAGGGAAGGUCAUCUACAAAUGUCCAAAAUGCUGCAGCAUCAAACCUGAGAGGGCUCAUCACUGCAGUAUCUGUGAGCGCUGCAUCCGUAAGAUGGACCAUCACUGUCCCUGGGUCAACAACUGUGUCGGAGAGAAAAACCAGCGCUUCUUCGUCCUCUUCACUAUGUACAUCGCUGUGAUCUCCGGCCACGCUCUGGCUCUCUGUGGAUACCACUUCAUCACGUGCAUCAGAGUCCAGUGGAGAGAGUGCAGCGAUUUCUCACCUCCAGCGACGAUGAUGCUGAUGAUCUUCCUCUGCAUGGAAGGCCUCCUCUUCCUCACCUUCACAGCCGUCAUGUUCUGCACUCAGCUCCACUCCAUCUGCAACGAUGAGACGGAGAUUGAGCGUUUGAGGAACGAGAAGCCAACAUGGGAGCGUCGGACUCGCUGGGCAGGCCUGAGGUCAGUGUUUGGAGGUCAGCCCUCUCUGCUGUGGAUGAGCCCCUUCGCUGGACUCAGACUAUCAACCUUUCUACCUAGGCGCACCUGGAGGGGUGGGGCAGAGUUCUCAGUCUGAUGCAACGUUAUUCAAACACCCCACAGACGUUGUACCUCCUUGUGGUGGUGGUGAACCGAACCAAACCACUACAGUCAAGGCCCUGCAGAAAGUCCAGCUGGGUUUGUGGAGCACUCCACUCCUCUGUGUUGUCUCUCGAACUGGAAGCUGUUUCUGAGCCAGAGGGAACUGGUUCUGUGUCUCUAAGCAAGAUGCCGAGUCUCCAUAUUGCUUGUCUGAGUUUUCUGACCCUGUGAAAAGAAAAGGGGGGGGACAUUAUCUCAGCGAGGAGCAAAAAUAUCUCUUCGCCCACUCAGAGGCUAACGAUGCAGAAUAUGUGGAUAAUCUUUAUUUGUUCCACAUGAAUCAUUCAAGCUAAUGUGACUGAUUCAAAGUUGGAAUCUAAAUGUUUUUAAAUUCGCUUGAAUCAUAGAAUUUGUUUUGUCCAACUGUUUGGAACCACUCCUCUAAAGCAUGUUUUUGUGUGUAUGUAAUAGUUGAACUGCACUCUGUGAAAAGCUGAAAGCCACAAUAUGAUGAAAUGUAAAAAGCAUGACAAAUCUAAUGAAAACACCAUUUUAAUAGUUGCAGGAAAUAAAUCAUAAAUCAUUUUUUUCUCAUCUUAAUGAAUAUCGUUGUUAAAUAAAUAAAGUUGUUGGUACUGUGGGAUUUUUAA